AUGGGAGUUGGUGUGGCGCCCGGUGAAACGAAUUCUUCGAGAGAGUUGAAGAUCUUCAAGAAAGUCAUCCGCGACCCUUUAUUACGUUCACCCUUUCAAGAAUUUCUGGAACAACAAUUUUGUGCGGAAAAUUUAAAUUUUUACUUAGCAGUCGAACAAUUUAAAGAAAUAUCAGACUUUCAGGAGAGAGUUUCUUUUGGACGACGAAUAUUUGACCGAUAUUUUGCAAUGAAUAGUACGGAACCUGUUAAUAUAGACAAUUCAACCAGCAAACGGAUACGAGAAACAGUAGAAAGUGGUGCAUUUCCUUUAGAUACUUAUGAUAUAGCACAGUAUCAGAUUCUUCACUUGUUGAAAUAUGAUUGUUGGCCUCGUUUUUUGAGGUCCACUAAUAAUACACAACCUUCUUUUACGGAUGAAGAGCUAGCCGCGGAUGAUGAAGACAAAAACGGGCAUAGCCAACCAACUUCCCUCAAUAACACGAACGAAUUUGAAGCAGCUGCGCAGCAUUCGCAGCCUGCUCCAAAUGCGCCAGCAGCAACAAAGGAAAAACGUAAGUCGAUUCUUUGGCACGGUUUGGAUCGGUUUUCGCGCCGAUUGCGACGCGGUGAUAGCAACACGGCCACUAAUUGUGACGACGAUGCCGACGCGAGCGCGUCCGGCUCGGCGGUUGGUGGAAGAGGUGUUGUCGGGUCUGCCGGAUCAAAACGACGAUAUAUCUUCGCAGCAUCGAAGCAAUAUAGUAUGCCGGCCGAGAUGACGUCACCCGUCAAGAAGAACUCCCUGUCGCCGACGCAUCUACGACAACGAUGUCGACCCGUGGAACCGAAGCACUGCCAAUUGAUGAUAGGAGAUCAGUUCACGACGGAAACUGUAACCCUCGACGACCCGACAAUGUCGGUUCGUCGAUGGACGCAAGAAAUGGCGGACCAACAAGGAAUGGAUCGGAUGCACGUGGAGGUUGUGGAUGCGGAGACGGGCAGCACUAUAGAUCCAGCUAGGCAAGCCAUCGACGCACUACAAUCGCGUGCACUCCGGCUCGUUCCUGUUGUCUCGUUCAUUAUUGAAUUCUUGCCUGCCAAUUUUUCAUUCAAAAAUCCGGCCUCAACACCAACAAAACUGGUCUGCAUUCGUGCCCGACACUCGUUAUCAACGGGCAUUGUACUAAGGCCGUUACUCAAUAAAUACACGUUAGACCCGCAAGUAACCAGGAUAGUGUUGAAUGGGACAUUGGAACUAGUGAAAAGAUCCUGUAGUGUUGGUGCUGUUUCUCAGAAAUGUUUAACAGUGAUGUCGGAGGCACAAUAUAAUGAUCGAGUAAACUCUGGAAAAGUGAGCCUUCCACCACGAGAUCCAAUUCUCGCUCAACUGCCAAGCACGAUUUACGAGCAAAACAACUUUCCAUUCCAUCAGAACGGUGAUAUCUCGUAUUGCGAGAUCCCAUCCGAGUCGGAACGUAACAAGCACGCUCAUCUUCACGGUGACGCACAAAAUGCAGCGCAUCAACAAAAGGAAUACACACUCAGCAUCUUCAAUAAGUUUGUGAGAAAAGCAUCGCAUGCCGUUUCCAAAAGCGAUCCGAAUCCAUCAGCAGCAACAUCUAACCCGGACAAAAUGGCGUCCGGCGUCUAUGCACCAUCUACCGGAGCUCCAUCGUUCGCCAGCCGAGCAGCCGCCGGCAACAAUUUUGGUGGAUCGGCCAAUCAAGUCAACACUGCCAAUGCUAGUACAUCCUCCUCUAACAAUGUGAGCGAACCGAACAAGAAUCGACUGAGCAUAUUCAAAAGUAAAACCGAGAAGAAAAUUGCCAAGGCUGAGCCAGAGAAAGAGAAAUUGAAGCCCAGAACAGAUGACGUUCCAACGACAUCAUCGUCAACUCCAAUGACAGUUGACGGAAAGCCAAAUGGUGGUAGAAGCAGCGAGGAAUCAACGAGUCGGACAGGUAACAACGACGGCGCACAGGAAGCGUCAGGUAUCCGGCAUCCGGCAAUCUUUUCCACAAAAAUUGGCGACGAGGCAGCAGAAGCCGCUGCGGCUGAAGCAGCAGCAAAGUCGACAGUUGGAACUUCUGGAAAGUCACCAUCCACGUCAUCACCGAAGAAAUCAAAUCCAUGUUCUUCGUCAACGUCAGUGGUCUCUCCGGCUCCACCUACAGUGAUACAUACGAUAAGGCCUUCUCCUGCACCUGCAGCUGCAGCACCACCAGCUGGAAACCCAAGGGAAUCCACCUGGCAACCUGCUGCUUUUGUUUAG